AUGUCCGAAUCACAAUUAAAAAAAGUUUUAAAAGAAAAUGAAACCUUAAAAGCUCAAUUAGAAAAAUCAACUACCAUCUUAAAAGUUUCUGAAGCAUGUGAAAGUUUACAAGAUUAUUGUACCAAAACAAGUGAUCCAUUUAUCCCAGGUUGGUCAGGUGAAAAUGAAUGGACUAAACCACUCAAAGGAAAUGGAUGUUCUGUGUUAUAA